AUGGGCGUCGCAUCCGCUAUCCUCAUUGUCCUCAUCACCAUCUUAUUCCCGCCUCUGGGUGUGUGGGCUGUGGCAGGAUGUGGCAUGGAUUUGUUCAUCAAUAUUUGCCUGACAAUUCUGGGCUACCUUCCGGGCCAUAUACAUGCUUUUUAUCUCGAGUAUAUCUACUACGAUCGCCGCGAACAGGCACACGAAGGACGAUUCCCGACCAGCCGUGCGCCAGGCGUCUAUUCUGACAACGUGCAAACCGGCGGCCAGGGGUAUGGCACAAUUGCCCAGUCUACUCGCUAG